UGUCGCGGCGACUUUUUAAAGGGGAUCGUUCAAGAAAGCAGUCCAGAAAGUUUUUAAUCCAGGUGAUUGGGGUGUCUCUCUUUUGUCAAUAUCACCACCCAAGGCAAUGAAACCGCGGCGACUCUAUAUAGCUGUGAAAGAUUUCACAGGGGAAGCGAAAGCAGGAGGAGAAGUCAAAGUUUCCAGGGGUAGCUUACUAAGCCAGGAAGAUGCCCGCGGGGUCUCCCCCGGUGGAACAUUUUGGGCCAAGGUCUUGGAUGCAGAAAAGGUGGUCCGGGUACCAUCCUCGAUGGCCAAGGAACUGAGCGGAGCCCAGUCUGGGUUGCUAGAAGCUGUGACCAACGGAGACGAACGCCUGGCCCUCUUCAAGCAGGGGCGGUGGAUGCAGAAACUCAGUUCCCUGGGGAAGGGUGACCGAGUGAGGGUCCAGAUCACCUCUGCUUCUGGGCAGAAAGUUCCAGGCAUUGUCCGAUACCGAGGACCCAUAGACAAGAGCAAGCAAGAUACCAGCAUCAUCUUUGGGGUCGAGCUGGUGGGCUCAGCAGCCGGGAAGGGUUUUACAGACGGCUCCUUCAAAGGACAGAAGUUCUUCUCCUGUCGUGAGAACUGCGGUGUCUUUGUACCAGUCAGCCGGAUUGAACCCGACAAAGCGAUUGAGGGUAGUCCAGCAGCACCUCGAAGAGAAGGGAUCCGGGAGUGUACAAGAGUCCAACUUACAACAGGAGAUCCGUUGUCGUCCCCAGGGCUAACGGUUGGAGACCGGGUCUUUUUCAAGAUGGAAAACAGCACCCCUACUGGCAGUGUGGUAUACUGCAACCAUCUUCCAGGGAAAUUUGAAGCCGGAGUGUUUGUGGGAAUAUUUCUAGAUCAGCCCGUGGGAUCCUGGGAUGGUUACUUCAAAGGCAAACCUCUCUGUCAUUUCCCAUCACCCAAAUAUGGGAUCUUGCUCCCCCUUUCCAAGGUGCAUAAAGAACAAGUUGAUAAAAGUCAAGAAGUCCUGAACAGCAACUCCUCCACCCCUACCUCCGAUGAAUAUGAAGACUGCCCAUCCCCUUCCUCUAUCAGAUAUCCUCCACCGAUGAAGGAGUGUUUAUCCCAGAACUCACUUCCUUUAGCUCCUUUGUCAAAUUUUGAGGACCUGAAGGAAGAAAUAGCGCAAGUUUUUGAGAGGAAGAAGAAGAAAAGUGAGGCAGAAGGAGCCGAGGAGGACCAGGACAGCAGAGAAUAUGACCACCAUCUCUUGGAGAUCAAUUCCGUGGUGGAGGUUUAUAAUCCACCCAUCUAUGGUGUGAUACGUUGGAUUGGAGACCUACCAGAUGCAGAUGAGACAGUUGCUGGCUUGGAGCUGGAGGAACCACUAUUAACAGGAUGCACAGAUGGAGAAUAUAGAGGGAUCCGCUAUUUCUACUGCCAACCAAACAAAGCCCUCUUUGUCAAGCUGUGCCACUGCCAUCCUGACUCACGUUUUGACACCUUGCAAACUCCCGAAAAUCCUGUUUUGCGAUGCAACUCCCUGGACUUUCGGGUCUAUGCCAGUGCCAAGGUGGAAGAAGAUACUCCACCACCACCAUUGGGCAAUCAAGGAUUGGAACUUCUCUCGGGAUGGAAGAAGGGGAUCCAAGGUCAUUGCAACUCUUGCUACCUCGAUGCUACUUUGUUCUGCAUGUUCUCUUUUACUUCCGUGUUGGAUUCUAUGCUUCUACGCCCAGCAGACAAGAACGAUGGGGAAUCUUACACCGAGACACGAGAUCUCUUAAGAACGGAGAUUGUCAACCCUUUGCGCAAGAAUGGCUACGUGUGUGCUACCAAAAUCAUGGCCUUGCGGAAAGUUCUGGAAACAGCUGGGCACUCCUCUGGCUUCACCAGUGAAGAAAAAGAUCCAGAAGAGUUCCUCACCCUGCUGUUCCGAGUGCUAAAGAUGGAGCCCCUCUUUCAGAUCCGCUCUGCUGGCCAGGACCCUCAUGGCUGUAUAUUCUACCAGAUAUUUACUGAGGACCAUGCAACGCAUGUGGUCCCAACGGUUCAAGAGCUUCUGGAGGGAUCACUGGUGAUCGGGGAUCUCAAAUUCACAGAGGCCCCUUCAUGCCUUAUCCUUCAGAUGCCUCGGAAUGGGAAGAACUUCAAAGCCUUUCGAACCAUCCAACCCAGCCUGGAACUUGACCUCACAGAUCUUCUGGAAGAAACUCCCCGAGAGUGUUCUGUAUGCCAAGGACUGGCUGUGAUGGAGUGUCCAGAUUGCUACCGGGACCCUAGUUUUGGCAUGCGACACAUCAAACAGUUCUGCAAGAUUUGCAAUCAGCAGGUUCACAAGCACCGGGCCCGACGGUACCAUCAGCCCCGUCCACUGCAUCUUCCUGAGGAGCUUUCUCACUUUGGCUCUUUGCCAGAGACCAUCCCCCGCCAGACAAUGCAGCUCUUCGCAGUUCUCUGCAUUGAAACAAGUCAUUAUGUGGGCUUUACCCGCCAUGGCCCAGAUGUCCACCAGUGGCUUUUCUUUGACAGUAUGGCUGACCGUGAGGGUGGAUUGAAUGGCUUUAACAUCCCUCGUGUCACGCCCUGUUCAGAGGUAGCAGAUUACUUGGAAAUGCCCACUGCAGCUCUGCAAGGCUUGGAUCCCAAAUCUUUGCCCUCUUAUGCCCGUCGCUUGCUCUGCGAUGCUUACAUGUGCUUCUACCACAGCCCUUCCCUCAGCCUCUACAAAUAACAGUUUGGAUGAGAGACAGGAGAUCGUAGAAGGAGAGAAGCUAUGUGGCUGCAGGGAUCCCGUGGCAGAUGUGGCUACAAAUCUGAGUGACCUAGGCUUCCCUGUUCUGACCUAGGCUUCCCAAAAGCACAAAGCCGACUCCUCGUCCUGAUAAAACCCCUUUUAUUUAGUUUAAAGGGAAUUUCUCUCCAGCAAAGUCCCAGCCAACAGUCUUUCAAGAGAUUUCACAAUUACAGAUCUUUAUCAGGCUUGGAGAGCUGCCAGGCCGAUAUCUUCAAAACGCCACUCUGUAGCAGCAAUUACUUGGCAAGAAGUCAGGAACAGAUCUUCUCUCUAGUGAAUUGAAUAAUUGUCUCCUGAAAACUCCCCUCCCCUUUUGCUCCUCUUUAUUUCCUCUGGGAGUGGCCAUUCAUCAUCCACCUCUGGCUUUACUCCCAAGUCGACCCUUGUUCCUUAGCUGUUCCCUUCUCCUGGCAGCUCUUCGCAUGUGUAUACUGGGAACAGGCUCCAGCUGUUCUUCUGCCCCACUGAUGUCCGACUCUGAAGGCAGCUGACAACUGUCAAAUGGUCCUGGCCCCAUCUCUGCCUCUGAUGCAGAGCACUUGUCAGAGUCUUCCCCAGACUCCAGAACUGGCCCAUGUUCCUCCUAACUGUCCCAAUCUGCUGCCAGAUCUGCUGGCCGCUCACAAUAAACCCAAAGGUGUUUUUUUUUUUUUUUUUCAUGAGGCAACUGGACUUUCUGGUUUUUCUUUGAAGACAUUUCACUUCUCAUCGAAGAAGCUUUUCCAACUCCAGUUGCCUCUUGAAAAAAGCACCUUUGGGACAACCAUGACCUGGAUAAUUGAGAAUCUCCAUAGACAUUUAAACCAGAACCUUUGGGAGAAACAACCUGAGAGAGCACUGAGCAAUUCAAAAGCAAAGGCUAUAUAUUGUUACUUAGAACUUUUCAGAUGGAAGCCAUAUUGGAAUCUGCCUUCCUUUAGGACUAAUCUAGACGGAAUAUUUUUUUAAAAAAAAAAACAUUAUAUCGGACUUCCCCUGACCACUCUCCCCCAUUUUGAACAUUUUAAGGAUGGUGGACACAAUCAAACUAACUCCAUCCACUUGGAUAUUGUAUGUGAAAACAAAAAAAAAAUUAAGUAUCAUGCUUCCUUACCAUCCUCUCUUUGGGUAGUUGUAAAUCAGGAGUGGGCUCUGGGUGUUCGCAGGGGUUUGGGAGAACCUUUAGCUAAGAUUCCAUGCAGUUCAGAGAACCCCCAAAUCCCACUCCUGGCUGGCCCCGCCCCACCCCUCCCAGGAGUCCCUAUGUGGCCUGCUUUGGGUGCAGAUAAGUGCAGGGUACAUGUGGAACCUCAGGGAUGGGGAAAACCAGGCCUCCAGAGGGCCUCUGUAGCCUGGGGAGGGCAACCCCUCCACCACCACCAUGGUGCAGGAAGCCAACUAGGCCACGCCCACCAUGGCUACGCCCACCCAGCAACCGGGCAGAGAACCCCUUGCUAAAAUUUUUGAAGCCCACCCUUGUUCUAAACCAAACCUGAAAAGACUUUUUCUACCGUGUGAAACUUUUGGGCUGUUCCAGUCUUUUCACCAAGUCAUCACACACUCAGAUUAAAGAAAUGGUAGCCCAAAAACAGGGUCUUCUUAGUGGUGAUACCUUGUCUCCAGGCACACAGACCUGAUGCCAGUUCUGAGGUCCUUUCAAAAUCACGUGGAGAUUAGAAUAUGGAGGGUUUUUUUUUCAAGAGAGAUUAAAAAGAUGGUGUGAUAUAGAAGAAUUGGAUCGAAAGAGGGCUACUAAAUUUGGACCAACCGAUAAAGGAUAAUGACAUUUUUAACAUAGUCUCUGUUAAGAGACAAAAAUUAUCUACCUUAUGUAACCAAAUGGUUACAUUUACAGUUACGUUAUUUGUUAAUAACAUUGGACAAGCAGUAUUUUUUAGCUUUGAGACACUUGAGAUACUACAACAACUUGUUAAAUCCUUUACAUUAAAACAAAACCAUUCUUCAUUUUUAAAGGUAUUUGUUAUCAAUAAUUCAAUAUGAUGUUAAGAUCCUAAGACCAUUAUGGUGAACCUAUAGCACGUGUGCCACAAGUGGCACGCAUAGCCAUAUCGGUGGGCAUGUGAGCACAUGCGUGCCAGCCAGCUGAUUUUCAGGCCUUCUGGGCCCACCAGAAGUAGGGAAGCAGGAUGUUUCUGCCUCUGGAGGGCCUUCGGGGGGGGGGAGGCCAUUUUCACCCUCCCCAGACUCCUAAAAAGGCUCUGUAGCCUGAGGAGAGCAAAAAACAGGCCUUCCGGUCCCACCGGAAGUUGGCAAACGGGCCCUUUCCGGCCUCCAGGGGGGUGGGGAAGGCCAUUUUCGCCCUCCCCAGAAUCCUAGAAAGGUUCUGAAGGCUGGGGAGAGCAAAAAAUGGGCCUACCAUGCCAUCGCCUGCCAGGAGCAGGGGGAGCAUGGGAAGGUUGUGCGUGCAUGCACGCUGGCGGGGUGGAUAGAAUUAUGGGUGUAGGCAUGUAUGGGCGCGACCCCCACUCCUGGUACAUGAUGGCAAAAAGGUUAGCCAUCACUGUCCUAAAAAAUUAAUGGAAUAAAUAAUUUGAUAUUUUUAUAUUGUGUAGACAAUGGGAAACUGUAGCAAGAAUGUCACUGGACCUCCUAUUAUGAUUUAUAGAUCAAAAAUAUAUUAUUUAGAAUUUAUUGCACUCUGUUAUGUAUGUAUAUAAAAGGUUUUUCAAAAACAACAUUUUGUUGGAGAUAUAGUAAGGAUAAUGGUUCUGUAAAACACAUGUUUUUAUACUGUCUUGCACUUACCAAGUUUUGGGAGAAAGUACUAGAUUACAUAAAUAUAAUUGUGUGAGAAAAAAAAUUAAAAAUUUUCAGACAAUAA